CCGCAUCAUCGGGAGUACUUUAGACAAUCCAACAUAUACCAUCAUCAUGGCCUUGGAACUUGACUGCGAAGAAUACUUUGUCGAUGAUGCUGCCAUGACAACGGCUACAUCCCCAGAGGAUAUCGACAUGGAACUGGUCGACGACUGGUAUAGCUCGAUGUUGGCACAGGAGCGCGCUCAAUUCCACUAUGCUCCGCAGCCCCACUACCUCAAGGUUCGCCUCGUCCUCGUCGACUGGACAUGCGAUGUCGGCGAAGAGCUCGAUGUGCCCAAGAGCAUCGUACACACCGCGGUCAACUACCUCGACCGUCUUCUCAACGUACCGUGUGCACUACCGCCACAAUCCAAGCUGCAGCUCGUGUGCCUCGUGUGCCUGUGGAUAGCCACCAAGUUUGCGUCCGUCGAUUGCGAAGUGCCGAGUAUUGAAGAAAUCUACGCGUACGGACACCAGCAAUACACGCUCGACGAGAUCAAGGCGUAUGAAAUGGCCACGCUCAAAGCCCUCCACUGGCAGCUCAACGUGCUGCAGCCCAUCCAUUUCACAGAGUUCUACUUGACCAACCCACCCCUAUUUCCCGACGACGACAUCAACGGCUACCAGCUCGCCGACCCCACCGCCUACGCCACCGUGUACACCAAGCACGUCGAGUUCCUCACGGAAAUGUGCCUGCAAGAGCAUGCGUUUCAGCAGUGGCUACCGUCAGUGCUGGCAACGGCCAUGCUCUGUGUAGCCCGCCGCAUCGUUCACAUCACGCCGGUGUGGCGGGAAGAGAUUGAAAUCAACAGCGGCUACGUCGUCGACGAGAUCCAAGACUGCUUUCACGCAAUGUGGUCACAUUAUGUCCAUCACUUUAGCAAAGGCACGGCGGACGAGCCGUCGCCAACGUCCGUCGCCGCCGUGUCGCAGUAUCAACACCACCAAUAGCCCUAGCAUCCAUAGAUAGGUUACGCAACACCAUAGACCUAACGACCACAAUCAGCGUCGUAAUCAAGUUAUUUAUUACCCCA